UUGGUUCGCCAUCGUUGUUACAGUAAAGAUCACUGUGCAGACAAAAGUGUGGUUUGUACUUAGGUGACUUAUUAAAAUAUAUGUGUUUUUAAUAUUGAAGUAAUUUAAUUUUAAGAGUGCAUUUGUGUACAUAAUAAUAUGUCGACGACGACAACAACUAUAUCAAAUAAUGUUGGGAAUCCGACCCCAGCAACAAAAAAGGACACCGAUAAGCAACAAUUACAAUCAAAACGUCCGGCUGCAAAUAAUUUUACGAAAAAACAUAAACAUGAGUUUAAAGGGAAUCGUAAACGAUCCCAAAGUUUUAGUGGAAGUGGAAAGAUAUUUUUAUUUAAGAGACGUAAAAAAGAGAGUACACUCCCAACAAAAUUUUUAUUGGGUGGUAAUAUUUGUGAUCCAUUAAAUUUAAACAGUUUACAAGAUGAAGAGAUUAAUCGUGCGAUGAAUGCGGUCACGCCAAAAUCAUCUCCGUUGCCAACACCUCCACGCAGACGAGCACAAAUCGAAGUAAUCAUACCGCCAAAUAUAUGCGAUCCGCUAAACUUAAUCGAUUACACGGAUGAUGCUACUUAUGAAAAACAGUUGAGUUCACCGAUAAAACGUAGUCGAAAAAAGAGUAAUCGUAAAAACAAACGAACAUCUUCGAAUUGUGUACCAGAGAAUGAUAAUAAUAACUCGACGACGAAUACUAGCGAGACAACGGAAGUUGUCGAAAAAGUUGAAGUUGCCAACGAUGUUAAAUCUGAGGAAGUUAAGCCAGAAACAGAUUCAACAGCUGCUAAAGUGGAGCCAACAACACCAGAAGAUAAAGUUGCCAAAAAAUUGGAUUUAGAUUUACCAUUGGUUGACAAAAAGGAGAAACCUGUGAAACGAAAGUCAACAGAUGAAGGAAAGGAUGUUAAAAAAGUUCGGAGGGUCGAUGCUAUGGAUAAAAUUGUGAGCCCUGUAAUACCACAACCGGGUGCUUGGAAACGACCGCCCAGUUUUAAUUGGGGUGGUCGUAAUGCUAACAAAAAUAACGUUAAGAAUAGUCAAAAAGCACCAGAAAAAAUGCCUACGUUUCGUGAUAAAAAUAAGCAAUAUCAGUACGGAAACUAUAAUAGGUAUUAUGGAUACAGAAAUCCUCAUCACGAUGUUGAUUUACGCUUAAAAUGUUUUGCUGCUCAUCGAGGAAUGUUUUACGGUAAAGAUGUACUAGAUAUCGGUUGUAAUAUUGGACAUGUUACAUUGUCUAUAGCAAGGGAUUUUGGUGCAAAAAGUGUAGUGGGUUUGGACAUUGAUAAAAAACUUAUAAAUAUUGCACGUAAAAAUGUAUGUUAUUAUGUGAAUUGUACGUCGGAGGAUCCAAAUGGUGAGGGUAUACCACAAGCGGUCAACAAACGUGGUAAAAAAAGUACAGAGAAAUUUUUUCCAAUAUCAAUGCCAAUUUUAUAUGGUCCGGUAGAUGUACCGGGAAUGGGUAGAGUGGAAAAAGAAAAAGGAUUUCCACAUAACGUUACUUUUGUACAGGGAAAUUAUAUAUUAGAAGAUGAAUCACUUCUAAAUUUGGAAACACCACAGUUUGAUAUAAUAUUAGCCUUGAGUAUUACUAAGUGGCUUCAUCUAAAUUGGGGUGAUGCCGGAAUUAAACAAGCAUUUAGAAGAAUAUAUGCGCAAUUACGACCUGGCGGACGACUUAUUUUAGAGCCUCAAGCUUGGUCAAGUUAUCUUAAGAAAAAAUCAUUGACGGAAACCAUUUAUAAAAAUUUCAAAUCAAUCGAAUUCUUUCCACAACAUUUCACACAAUAUUUAUUAUCAUCCGAAGUUGGAUUUGCAAAAAGUGAGGUUAUGGGCUGUCCAACACAUCAUUCGAAAGGUUUUCAACGGCCAAUAUUUGUAUUUACCAAAAGUAAUUUAUCCCCGUUAUAUUCACAACGUAGUGCAACUUCAACACCAUCAUACACAUUAAUAUCUGGAACAAUUCCAAAUCGUGUUUAUACAAAUUUACAAUCACCCGCAUUUACGGAAACAUCAUCUUCACAAGCUAAAAAAGUUGAAGAUGUUCAAACGAAAACUUCCAGUACAUCAGAACAAACCAAAUGUGAAGAAGUUACUACAAAAAAUUUGGAAACCAAAAGUGAAUCAAAUUCGGAAAAAGUUCAAUCAAAGGUGAAUAUAACAGACACAGGAGAAGUUACAACGGAAGUGAAAACAAAAAGUAAUUUAAAUUCAAAAAUUCAUGUCGAAGAUAAUCCAGAAAUUCAAACAGAAAACACAGAAACCAUAAGUAAUAGUUCAAAAAUGGACGUAGAAGAAAUUCAACCAGAAAAAAACACCGUAGAUGACAGUAGAUCAGAAAAAGGUGAAAGUAGUACGGAAACUGUUUCACAAAAAAAUAAAUCAGACGAAAAUGAGGCAUGUAACUUAAAGAUCAUAUCAUCAGAUAUUUGUACGAAUCUAAGUACAGACUCAAAAACAGUUGAUGAAUAUACGUAAACAAUGCAAAAAUUGUGUCUUUGGGUUUUGUUUCGAUUUCUAAAAUUUUCUAUUUUAAAUUCCAUGAAAAAAACAAAUGUUUAUGUAUAAUUUUUUUGAAGUAUGAUCAGAUCUUAAAUUGGUUUAGCUCCAAAUGUAUGUAAAAUUGCAUGGUUAAUUUGUUAUUUUAUAAAACAAGUAUUUUUUUAAAAAUAUUUAACUAGGUUAAUCUUUUUUAGAAACAUUUAAAAUACUGUUAAAAAUUUGAAAUUAGUGGCGAAUUUACUACUUGUUCGAGUAGGUAAAAUUAUAAGGGUGAGGGUUAGUAUGUAGAGUUUUCUAGCCAAAUUUUUACGCUAAAUCGGUUAUUCUACAUUCUUUGCCAACCAUUCUAUGUGUUAUAUACAUAACUCUAGCCUUCAACUAGGACUCUCGCGGUUCAAGCUCUAGCUAGAGCAGUGACUCUAGUUAAUAAUGAAAUUUGACCAAAUAUAUCAACCAAAAAAAGAUAAGAGGAAUUCAUCGCCAUUUUUAAAUACAUUAAUGGCUUCAGCUUUGUACUAAAUUCGCCACUGCUUGAAAUAUUCUCAAAAAUAGUACAAAAAUAAUAGUUUAAUUAAAAACGCAAAACUGGUUUCCAAAUGUUUUCCAAUUUAUCACUGGUAGCAAUUUUUGUUAUCAUUGAUAAAAAAAAAUUCCCUUGGAAUUUUUUUCUAUGUGAAAUUUUCUAGUCAAAUCUAACUUCCAAGUUUUCUUAAAAUAUAUCCACCAGGGUUGAAUUUUUCAAAUGUGCCUAAAAUCAUUCACUCCUAACAAUCAGAACUAAAAACUUCACUAUGUUAGUAUAUUGUGCAAACCGAGAAAAGUUAUCACCCCUGCACAAAUACAGUUAAGGAAGCCCAUGUAAGUUAAUCUGCCCGUACUGUCCGUUAUUACAAAUGCGGCUUAAGUUCAGUUAAAUUCCUUUUGCAAAUUCCAUUUUUGCAUGCAGAUGUAAGGUCAUUUUAAUUGAGUGACUCAAUUUUUUUUAACCCACAAGGAACACUUUAUUGUUGACUAUUUCUCAAACAGUAAGGUGUGAAGUAAAAUAUAAUGAUAGCAUUCUUUGAAAAAAAAACAAACUGUUUACAGUAACUUGCUUAGUUACUGUAAAGUUCAGGUUCGUGUGAAAUUCACCUCUAAACCUUUUUCAAGAUAUAAAAUUCUAUCUGUUACAAUAUAUGAUUGCAGUAAAUAGGGCUUUUCAUUUUAAAAUCACGAUUCACU